AUGAAGGACAAGAAGGAAAUCAUCCAGGAGUUCAACGAACUCGUCAACAUGACGGCGAAAGAGUUGAAAGAGUGGCUAAAGGGCGAUGACUCUACGAGUGCCGGCCAGGCGAAAGAAGACGGCAAUGGAGAAUCCAUUGGUCAUGAUAGCGGUCGAAAGAUUGUUGAGAUUCUUGAAUCCAACCCAGACAAGGAUCCAGAGAAAUACACAGACGAUGACGUUAGUCAUAUGAGGAAGGUUGUGUCUUACUGCAAACGACACCUGGCUCAAGAAGAAAAGGCGAAUAAUGCAAAGCCUGUUGAGGAAGUGAAAAAGACCAAAUCGUACGCGUCGCUCAAGAACUGGGGCCACGAUCCUAUCAAGAAGCGCGAGGCAAAUGGCGCUGGUGCUGAAGGUGAGGAAGAAGAGCAACAGGAGGAGGAUGAACAGGAGGCAACGGGAGAAAAAGCAGGGGAAAAACGAAAGGCACACGAUGACCAGUCUGGGAAGAGCAAGAAGAGAGAAACGGAGGAUGGCGCCGCUGAGAUACAGGACGACGACAGGACGGAAAAGCAAGCCGAGGAGGCUGAGGAGGAAGCCUCAGACGAGCAAGAGUCAAAGAAGGGUCAACAAAAUGGAAAAGAGGCGGGAAACGGGGACAAACCAAAGGCUCCUGAAAAGGGAGACACGGUGAGCUGGAACUGGGGCCAAGGCCAACCUGAGGGAAAAGUGAAGGAAGUGAAUCCUGGAGAGACCACCAUCGAGACGAAAAAAGGAAGCAAAGUCUCACGAAAGGGCAAUGAGGAGGACCCUGCUGUUGUGCUUGACACAGGCAAGUCUGAGGCGGUUAAACUGAGCCAUGAGCUGAAUGAGACGGAGCAAUGA